AUGGGUCCACCGGUGAGCGGAACACCGCUUUCAUGGCAAGAGCUUCAACAAGUUGCACCUAUUGCUCGUCAAGGAGCCGUGGAGGUAAGUGCUUCCUCCCUUCUCGACGCAUAUAGAAGCGAUUUGGAGCCACUUUGGGGUGACGAGAUUGAAUAUACCCUGGUCAGCCUCGAUGCGGACAGAUCGCGAGCAACACUGCUUCUUAACCAAGAAGAUAUUCUACGAAAAGAGGAGAGCCAAUGCUCUAGUGCUGAAGAGGUUGAACCCUGGAACGAAGUUAAGUUACAGGCGGAAUGGGCUCGACAUAUGGUAGAAGCAACUCCAGGAGAGCCAUACGGGGGAGAUGUCAUGGAUUUACUCAGGGUUGAAGGCAACAUGAAGCGACGACGGAAAUUGAUCGGACAAUUCCUAUCGCCCGACCAACACCCUGUACCAUUAUGUGUAUUCCCCGGCCUAGGUGAAAAGGGACAGUUUACACUCCCAGAAAGUCCGGAUGAAUCCUCUCUUGAACAAAUCUGCUGUCCCAUACCACGCUAUAUAAUGAUGACGCAGAACUUGCUGGCACGCCGACAACGGCGUGUUGAGAGCUACAUUCCAGUCUUCCGGGAUGAGCAGACAGAAACACCUUUUCAUGACAAUUCUGUGUCAUUUGAAUACCCCGCAGAACAUCCCCCGGGUAAUGGGAAGGAGGGUCAUGUACAUCUGGAUGGGAUUGGUCUCGGGGUCGGGAAUUGCUGCAUUCAAGUUACGUUCCAGGCUCCUAAUGAGAUUGAAGCCCGAUGGUUGCAUGACCAAAUGAUUGCAUUGGGGCCGGUUAUGCUAGCACUUACCGCUGCGACGCCGAUAUACAAGGGCUACCUGGUAGAUACAGAAGUGCGCUGGGGCCGAACCUCUGAAUGCUUUGACGAUCGCACACCGGAAGAAUUAGCCACCACGCCACCACGUUAUUCUUGGAACCGCACAUACAUCUCGCAAGAGAAGCCAGCCAAUAUGGAAAGCAAAUACCCGCUGACUCCUAUGAACGAGUCGGUUAAACAACGCUUACUAGAUGGCGGCAUGGAUGAACCUUUGGCGAUGCAUUAUGCCACAAUUCUCUCACGGGACCCAAUUGUGCUCAACCGAACAGACUUGGAAAACUUUGACCUAAAUGGUACGGGCAUAUUUGAUGUCUACUACAGCACUGUAUGGCAACACGUCCGACUCAAAAUCCCCUUAACCGACGACGGACCCGGCUGGCGGGUGGAGUUCCGGCCGAUGGAAGUACAGUUGACCGAUUUCGACAACGCUGCUUUUGCAAUUUUUAUGUACCUUCUCUCUCGAGCCAUAACUGACCUUCACCUGAACUUUUACGUGCCUAUCGACCAAUUGGGAGAUUCCAUGGAACGUGCGCAGAAGCGUAAUGCUGCCCUCGAAGAGCGCUUCUGGUUCCGUCGGACCGGAUGGUCAUCCGCAGAGCAGUGCGAGCGUCCACAGCGUCAGCGAAGAGGCUGUGUCAACUGCUGUUCAAAGUCGACUGCACAUGCAUCACCAUCAUGUGCUCUCCUUACCGCGGAUGAGAUCAUCAAUGGCGAGGAUCCAAAGGACCCCUCCAGCUUCCCUGGACUGGUGAACAUCGUGCGCGCUUAUCUUCAGUACAAUAACACGCCUGUGAUGGAGCAAAAGAAGAUCAUGCCCUACCUGGAUGUGAUCAGUAAGCGAGCAAGCGGGGAGCUUCCGACCCCAGCUCAAUGGAUGCGCUCGUUCGUUACCGGACACGAGGAGUACCAGCGAGACAGCUACGUGAAUGAGAAGAUCCGUUAUGACCUGAUCCAGGAGAUUGUUCGGAUGGAAGAUUCAUGA